CAAUAUACUCGUCAACUUUGUUCUGUGAAAAAUCGUUACUAGUUCUGCUAAUCUUUUCAAAUAAACCAAACUCAAGAGUGCGUGAUUAUAUUUCUAUAUUGAAACAAAAUAAGAAAAUAGGCCAAAUAAAAUAUAUAAAACACAUACAUAAAAUAAAUUUUCAAUCCAUUAUUCGCAAACAAUUGGACAAAAACGAUAAAAAGAAAGUCGCUCAUCACGGCAAGGUGGCUAUCCAAGAAAAACUUUGGCAAGAGAAGAGACAAGAUAAAAGUGUAAAAAAAAGUGUUUAUACUUAUUCAAGACCAAUCAUUCGUAAAAUGAAGGUAUCAAUUCUCGUCGUUUAUCUGAUUGUGAUAUUUGGAAGUAUAUCCUGCAAGACUUAUAUCGAUAGAACAAAUAUCGAUUUACUAAGAGCUGCAGAUAAUGGGAAUCACGACACAAGUGAUUUCAAUGUAUCUUUGGAAAAAUCGAGAUACAAAAGUGCCAGUAUAUUAUCUCCGAUUACAAAGAUAGGACACUUGAUUGGAAUUGAUUCAAAUAAUUUUAUCAAAAGUAUAUUACAAUUCACAGAUUUUAUAAUUGGUUUAUUGACUGGGCAAAACGGCUUUUGUCCAGAAAAAUUAUCCAUUGACUCGAUCGAAGAGAUAAUAUUGCAUCCGAUCCAAAUGAUCAAAACUAUAAUUUGCUAUACCUUCAAUACUAUUGGAAGAACAAAGCGUGCAAUUGUAUAUAACGCAUUCGAUUUUUUUUCGAAUUUUUUAAUGACGGUAUUCCUACCAUCAUUACACACGGUGUUAAAUCAAAUAGCGAAUACUGGUAUUUUACCUCAAAGCCUCGAAAAUGUAGUAAAUAUGUUUAAUACAUUAUAUAAUAUUUUAAGACUAAUGGGAUACGUUAAAUAAAAAAUGUAGUAAAAUUUAAUUUUUAA